AUGGGGGGUCACGAGCACCACCGAGAGGGCCACAAGAGCUCCCGCUCUGGUGGAUGGGAAGGAUUUAAUAAGCUUAAACAUGCACUAGAGGGGCUGGCAUCAGCAAAGGGUGUGUCACAGAGCCGCAUCGGAGCGGUGGCCAAGGUGGCAGCGCAUUAUUCUAAGUUUUAUAAACAUGUGGUGCACGACAUCGAAGUGUUUGUAUGGAAGGCCGAGAUCGAGCACCGAUUGGCUGGAUUGUAUGCUAUUGAUGCCAUUAUCAGACAGUCUCAUGCCAAAAAUGACCCAAAGGAUGCAUACGUCAAGCGAUUUUUGAUUCGAAUGACGGAUACCAUUGCAGCUGUGAAGAAAGUUCCGGAGCAAUUUCAGCCCAAAGUGCGACAUGUGAUUGAAGAGUGGCAGAAGCGCGGCAUUUACACGUCCAAGCAGAUCGAAGACGUUGGAGGACGUGAAUAUCUGUCACAUCAAGAUGAAAACGUUACGCCUCGUGCAUCUCCGGGAAAGUUGGCGUCGCUGCUGUCGAUUAUCAAGCAGAAGAAAGAAGAGCAAGGAUAUGUCGGUGAACAUCAGGGACAACACGGGCGACCGCCAUAUGAAGGAUUGUACAACGGAGAAAAUCGCCCGAGUGACGACGCUGGGGCUUAUAACCAUCGAAGUUAUGACGAGCAACGAUCGGAUAUCCACCAUUACGACCGCAGAGACAUUGGUGGCAUCAUGGGGGAUGCACCUGGUGUGCCGGUCGGAAGCGGUCUUAUCCGUAGAGCCCCUGACGACCGUCCGAGUGACAUGGAUGACCGCGACCCUAAGAAAGCCCGCGGGUCCCGAUGGGGGCCUCCUAAGUUGGACAACCCUUCCAUAAACGAUAGGCCUGCCCCAAUACUUACGUCACUGGGUAGAGAGGGAGAUUAUCAUCCUGAUAGUGGCAGACCUGGCGAUGCCUCACCAUCAUUAUUGCAACCUUCACAUGGUGCCCCGCCAAGACUCGAAGAGUGGAACAGAAACGUACCUUCUUCUCGUGGUUUGGGCCCUGUAUGGCCACGUAGUGAAGGUGUGCGCUCACCACAGUCUGGAAGUGUAGGUAGACUCAAUGCAAUUCCUUUUGAUCAGAGCGCAAUGCAUCGACCGUCAUUUCCUGGAUCGGACGAUAGGCGAAGUCCUGGCAAUCGAGUCCCUGGAACCUCUGGUGAAAUAUGUCGCAACUUUUUAGCCGGCAGAUGUACAUUUGGCGAUCGUUGCUGGCAUAUUCACGAUCCUCAGUCUCAGAUGGGAGUAGCCCGGCCAGAAAUGGGUGAAACUAAGCGCAAAACUGUGCUGUGUAACAACUAUCCGCUGGGGAACUGUCGGUUUGGAGAUAACUGCAGCUUUGCUCACGGGGAAGAGGAACGUGAUCAGUCUGCCAGGCCGCCAAGACUUCCCAUGCAGGCUGACCAAGCUGGAAGCCGUUGGCAAGCGCCAUUGAAUGCGCGACCCGGAAUGGAACAACCACCUCGAUUGCAUGUUUCACCCUCUGUCGGUGCAGCAGCUCCUACUCUCCAGACUAGAUCUUACGGAGUCCCGCAAGCUGUAUAUAAUGAACCACACGGUGAUCGAGGCACUAGAGGAGGCGAUUCUUCUGUAUCUUUUGCUAAUGUCGCUGCGCCUGCGCCCUCGCCAGUUGAGCGCCAGCUGCCACCCAGCCACCAGUCUGGCCUAAUGGCUCCCUCGCAAGGUUACCCUGGGGCGUAUGCGGCGGCUACUUCGACGUUUAUGACCCAAGGCCCUUCCUACUCGAGCGGUGGUGACCAAGGUCGAAGCCACGUCCCAGGCAGUGCCCCCGUUGUACUACCCCCUGGUUCUGGUAGUCAAUCGUUUGUAGCCGCUGCACCGACUCCUAUCGCCAAAGUUUUGGUGGAUGAUGACGAUGCCGAGACAGCUGAACCCGAAUUUACCCUGGAGUACGAUGACGAUGACUAA